AUGGCACCCUCGGGAGCAAUGAUCCCGAAGGCUUAUGAGGGCAAGCCUUCAGCCUUCGGCUUCAAACUACCUCAAUUCUUUCAGAUCGCUCGUGAUCUAACAAUAACUGAGCUUGCGACGGAUCCAGGAGUCCUAGCAGUGCGCGAAAUGAUUGACGAGCAGAUUCAAUUUUGCAAUACUGACGUCAAACGUAUAACUCUCUGGCGUACUUGCGUUUUACCCUUCUUUCAAACACUCACUGAGCAGAGAGUAAGCCAUUCGGCUAUCUUAGAAGCGCAUACCGGGACUAUUUAUAAUGUUGUUUUCGGUCACGAUGCUUCCCGUCUGGGAAUUCUCUUCGGUUUCUUGAUUGAACUCGCCGCAAAAUGGACAUCGCCGCUUGUGACAAAUAACGACGGAUCGAAAGCACAAUUCCUAGAACUUUGCUGCACAAUAUUAGCCAAGACGAUUAGUUACAAUUCCCAAGCACUUGUAAACGAGAAAGUCCCGCCGAUUGUGAAUCAAAUAUCGAAAUUCGUUGAUGAUGUUGACCAGUGUGGUCGUAACUUUUGGACCUUACAAGCAAAGAAUCACCUCGAGUAUAUUCAGCGUCGUCUCAGCAUCAUCAAAGAAGCCCCGGAGAAUGUUGCCCCAAAACCCCAACCCUCCGGACAUGCCAAGUUCGUAUUGCGUCGAGAUCUUCCUGGAAAUUUGUCUCCUGAAGGUCCACGUCACGACAAUGAUCAUGAGGAUAUAACAAAAAUUCGAAUUCUACCAACGAUGUCAGAGAUCACGGCCACUCGUUCAGAUUACCGGCCAGUUCAAGAUCCUUCACAGCUACACUUGCCUGGAAUCCAGGGGUUAAUUGACCGCCACUUCCGACUUGUUCGAGAAGAUAUGGUUGGUCAGUUGAAAGAUUGUAUUAGCGAGGAGCUGCGUCUUCUUGAACAUCCAGAGAAUAAAGCUAUCAUCAACCAACGGAGUCGUAUCCGCACAAACUCAUAUAACAUUGUAGAUAUCGUUGAUAUCAAAUGCACACGACGAUGCGGAUUGGAGUUUCAUUUGAAAAUCGAGCAGCCUUUUUCUGCAGCAAAAUUGUCAAGUGAAGCACGAGCGGAUUGGUGGAACCUGUCGAAACGUCUAGAGAUAGGCGCUUUAGUGUGCCUCCUAGAGAAGGAUACCGCCGUCUUUUGUGUUGUAGCUGAAUCUACAUUGAGACCAGAUCCAAUUCGCACGCAUACACAAAAUACGGCUAUGAAUAUCAUCGAGAAACGCAACCUUCACAGCAACAAGCAUUUUGCAUACGUAAAUCUGAAUCUAGCUGAGCCGAAUGAAGUGGAUCUCAAGAUUAUGCUGUCGGCAUCGCAGUCCGACGAACCUAUCAGGAGAUCCUUAGUGGAAUUUCCUGGAAUUCUUCUGCCCUCAUUCAAACCUACUUUAUCAGCCCUCCAACAGAUAUUCAUGACUCUAGACCUCCCAUUUUCCGAGCUCCUUGCGCCGAGUUCUGAUGGGCCAACCGAAGCUAAUAUCUCACCUCCCCUAUACGCAACGAAGCCCGGAUUUGGUUUUAAUUUGAGAUGUCUCACAAUCGAUGGAAAUGAUUUAAAAUUCUCUCCGCAGGAUACUAUUAAUCCUGAGGAGCUUUGUAGCAGAUCAAGCUUGGAUAAAGGCCAGGCUACAGCCCUCCUGAACUCGUUGAAAAGAAGUCUAGCACUUAUUCAGGGGCCCCCAGGCACAGGAAAAAGCUAUACUGGUGAGGCGAUUAUCAAGGUCCUUCUAGCGAACAGGAAGAAGGCUGGCAUAGGCCCAAUACUCUGUGUCUGUUACACCAAUCACGCUUUAGACCAACUCCUUGAACAUCUCUUCAAUGGAGGAGUAGAGCAGAUUAUUCGCAUUGGUUCGAGAUCGAAAUCGGCUGUCCUCGCCGAUUUGAACCUGCGUACUGUGGGGAAGGAUAUGGAACGCACGAAAUCGGAGAGGAAUGCUUCAUGGAAGUCAACUGCAGGUUUAAAAGGUGCAGAAGAUGAGCUAAAAACAUAUCUAACAAAACUAAAAGCCUCGACAACCCAUAAGAAGAUUAAGGAGCACAUCAAGUUCAAUGAAUCACCGUUCUACGACGCGAUAUUCGGCAUAGAAGAGGACGAGUGGACGAAAGUUACCCGUAAGGACGACCAAGCUUACUUCCUCGACUGGGUCAAUGCAGGUUCCGUGUCAGAGGAACCAGUUCGAGGCGUUGAUGCCCUGAAAAAGCAGGAUCCAACGGUUUUAACUCAACAGGAAAGGUUUGCGCUCUACACAGCCUGGGGUUCUGUAGUAGCUACCGACUUAGGAGAUGAAUUUGUCUCUCUUCUCCAUGACUACCAGGAAGCAAAGAAAGAACAUGAUACUGUGCUACGUGAGGUGGAUCUUCGUGUUCUUCAAGAAGCCCAUAUAAUUGGCGUCACAACAACUGGUCUAGCCAAAAACUUAGAUUUGCUUCGAAAGCUUGACAGCAAAGUCUUACUCUGUGAGGAGGCCGGCGAAGUCCUUGAGAAACACGCUAUUCUCAUCGGAGACCAUUUCCAACUGCGUCCCCAAAUCUCAGACUAUGAGCUUUCUGCUGCAAAUCCGCGCGGGCAGCAGUAUUCGCUGGACGUAUCACUUUUUGAGAGACUCGUUCAGCCAGCACAGCCCACGGAUUUGAGAUUGCCGUUCGAUAUGCUCGAAAUCCAGAGAAGAAUGCAUCCGUCGAUAUCUAGGUUGAUUAGAGAUACCAUAUACGAGACUCUUCAAGAUGAUGAGAAAGUCAACAAUUAUCCCGAAGUGGUUGGCAUGAAAAAACGACUAUUCUGGUUGGACCAUGAUAAACCGGAAGCGCGAUCAGAUCAAAAUUUUCCCACAAAUACAUCUCGGACAAAUGAUUUCGAAAUCGAAGUUGUUUCCGCUCUCGUAUCCCAUCUUGUACGCCAAGGGACUUACGGGCGUGAUGAUAUUGCUAUUCUGACACCUUAUCUCGGCCAAUUACACAAGCUAAGAAAGAAACUUCAAAACUCAUUCGAGCUUGUUGUCGAGGCUCGAGACCUUGAGAACCUCCAGAAAGAAGGUUUAGAUACCCCAUUAGAGGCACAUAAGCAAGAAUUGGGGAAAUGCAUACGGCUUGCAACCGUUGACAACUUCCAAGGUGAAGAAGCGAAAGUAAUUGUUAUUUCUCUGGUUCGAAGUAACUUGGAACGGCAAUGUGGAUUCUUGAAGACUACAAACAGAAUUAACGUACUCCUCUCACGGGCACAGCAUGGAAUGUACAUCAUUGGAAACUCCACAACUUAUGGUGAGGUUGAGAUGUGGUCAAAAAUUAUCUCGAUGCUGAACGAAAGCGGAUGUAUCGGCGCUAAACUACCACUUCAAUGCCCAAGACACAAACACACAUCUAUUGAAGUAUCAGAACCUGAUGAUUUUAUUCGAUUGUCCCCAGAAGCUGGAUGCAGCCUUCAAUGUUCCGAGAAACUUGACUGUGGUCACAUUUGCCGUAGCAAAUGUCAUGCGAAGCCUUUGCAUAGGGCAGUCAAAUGUCCGGAACCAUGCCCACGACUAAAGUCCUGUGGCCAUAGCUGUCCUAGGCUUUGUGGAGAUAAGUGUGAAGAAAGGUGCUCCACUGUACUUGAGGGGCAUAAAGUUUCUCUUCCUUGUGGUCACACGCUGACUUCACCUCAAUGCUGGCAAGUUGAGCACCCGGGCGAGGUCAAAUGUCUCACACGAGUAAGGAAAUACGUACCGGGUUGCGGUCAUCAUGUUGAUGUUCCCUGCUUUGAAGACAUUACCGAGAAUAGUUUCGUCUGCCCGGCACGAUGUGGUCAACAUCUUCCCUGUGGACAUGCCUGCCAAGAUUCAUGCAAAGUUUGCAGGACUCGUGGUGGGACACAUUCAUCAUGCACAUCUAUCUGUGGUCGAAGCUACAGUACUUGUAAACACGCAUGUGUUAAUCAAUGUCAUCCGGGUGAGGAUUGUGCUCCUUGCAGUAUGCCUUGCGACGAACGGUGCACCCAUACAGCAUGUUCUAAACUAUGCUCCGAGCCUUGUACCCCUUGCAUGUUACCGUGUUCAUCCAGCUGUGUGCACGGUCAAUGCUCUAUGCCGUGUUCUGCCCCAUGCAAUCGGGCAAGUUGUUCCAAUCGUUGCAACCAGCACUUAGUUUGCGGUCAUCAAUGUCCAUCUCUUUGUGGCGAGGACUGUCCUGACGCGAAGUUCUGUCAAAUUUGUGCGUCUAGAGAAAUCAAAGCUACCGUAGUUGAUACGUUGCCUGUACCUGAGCUACGUAAAUACCAUAUGAUCAACUUGGACGCGGAACCCUGCCUUUUUCUUGAUUGUGGUCACAUAUUUACAGUAUCAAGUAUGGACAGGUCGUUGGGAAUAGCAGGCAAUUGCCGGAAUGCCGAUGAUACUCCUAUUGCCAUCCAGGCUUCGACGGGACCUUUAGGAAGCUUGCGAAAUAUCUCACGAUACGGGGCUAUUGUUCGUCAGGCCUUGCUAGAAGAGUCAACUAGGAAACUUAUUAUCUGGUCUCAUACUCAGUCGAUGGAACUGGAACGGCAACUGAUUGACCAAGAGGAGAAACUUAUAACUGUUAAGAGAACUCACCGCCUUAAAGACUCGAUUAGCAGAGUAGGCAACGACUUUCAUGUCAACGGAAGCCCUAUCGACCAAUUACUUGCCAUUCACGACUGGGUUGGGCAUGGUCGGUAUGAGUCAAUCAUUCGCCUUUAUUUUACUAUAUUCGAAUACUUUGGUCAAGUUACGGCUAUAGAGAAGUCAUACCGCCAGGCAUAUGAUCUUACGAAACACACUAAUCACAUCAAUGGUUCUACCGACAAGUCCGGGUUGAUUUCUUCGGAUAUAAACACGCGCGGUCGGGUUACCGCUUACAUUUCUCUAUUCCGGUGCUAUUUUGUAGUCAUAAGCGACUUUCUACAUCUGAGAAGUCUGACCCGAUGUCAUACGAUCGUGAAGUUUAACCUCACAAAGGCAUUUGAGGAAUGCGAGCAGCUAGUUAAGCUAGCACAGGAGGCAGAGUAUAUUCAGCAGGAGGCCGAGGGCCAUAUUUUCUACUCUAGACUGGUUGCACUGGCUCGACAAGCGAAUCUCACUCACCUUUCCAAGGCGAAAGCCCUUAUUGUCGACCUGCCAUCAGCUGCACAUCUGGAAAGAGAGAUUGACGGCGUAAGGAAAAUGUUGUUUAACGGAGUUUUCUUCCGUGGUAUCUCGGUAGGAGAAAAGCGAGCUAUUUGGAAGGCAACGGCGGAAAAAGUUAGGGAAGUUGAGGCUAGCACUGAAUCUCGAGCUAUCGUAAACUGA